CAUAGACAAAUGAUAGAAUAUUUUUGCUUUCAUAAACACCUCUAAUAUUGGCAUAUGUGCCUCAUUUUAGUUGUCGUGAAUGCGUUAGUCUCAUAAAUGCUGAUAUCAUUAUCCGGAUUCGUGUCAAAUGUUGUUACGGGGUAUUGCACAUCAGACGUGUGCUUAGCGUUCUUGAGCGAGAAGUUGUUUUUCGACUGAUCACUACGAUGAUAUUUUGUACCAGUUCGCAACAGAAAUUGUAUAGCGAUUGAUUUUUGCAAGUCUUUGCCGACUCAUCUUGCCUGUGGUACCUUAAUUGUUAAGCUGUUGUAAACAACAAAUUAUUUGCAUGUAUACUGAACCGAUUAUGCCGUCUUUUUCCUUACUGUCACCGUCAGGGCAGAUAAAACAAGAACCAGUGGAAGACCAGCCGGUUAUUUCAGAUAAUGAACUUGUUAGUCUCUCAGUUCGUGAACUAAACCGUCGAUUACGCGGCCUGCCACGUGAUCAAGUUCUAAAUUUGAAACAAAGGCGGAGAACUCUUAAAAACAGAGGAUAUGCUGCUAAUUGUCGUGAAAAAAGAGUUUCCCAGAAAGAUGUUCUUGAAUCGGAGCAGAAGAAACUACAAGAUGAGGUAACAAAGCUGGCACAGGAAAAUAGCAAACAAAAAGUGGAACUAAAUUCACUGAAAUCAAAAUAUGAUGCAUUACUAAACUUUGCGCGUUCAACAAGCUCAGAAAGGGUCAAGUUUGUCGCCAGUCAGCCGAAAUUAAUCGUGGAAUCUGGUGAGAGUUCACGUAUGUCACCAACAGUCACGCCAGAUCAACACGUUAUGGUGAACAGUUCCUUGGAAUAUGCAAAAAAGUAAAUACAGAAUAAAGAAUGACUUACUGACGAGGUGUACCUCAGGGACUAACAAUUAACACAUUUCCUUGCUGGUUUCAAGCCUUUUAAUUGGAGACAAAUCAAUUUGUGAACGUGUGGGCUUGUAGGAAUAUUGUCGCAGGGACAACUCGUUUGUGAUUUUCUUACCCAGGGGACGUCAUUUCUUUGAAGUGCAUGACUUAACAAUAUUAUGUGUGUGUCUAACACGUUGUAAGUCAACCAUCACUGUGUUAACUGUGCACAUGGAUUAGUAAUACUCCCGAAGCAGCCAUCAUGUUAGACAUCAUAUAGAUGUGAAGGCAGGGGGAGGCCAAUUUCCCUGACGAAAAUAGUGGGCGUGGUCAGGCGUCGCUCAAAAUCCCCCGAAAAAUAUGACAAUUUAAGGGUUUUAAAGGCUUAUUUAAUCGAUUUUGUGUCUACGAAUAUAUAGAAAAUACAUAUACAUUUUUUCCUUGAUGAAUUGUGGUUUUUCUCCCCGAUGGGGGAAGGGACCAGCUGUCUUUGAAAAGGGGGACCUGGCCCGUCCGAUGGCGCCACCCUUGAUCAGAACAAGGUCAGGAAUACAAGCGUGUCCUACAAAGACAUCCCACAAAUGCAGGUGUUCACAUUAACAAUGUUUUUUUGGGACUUCCGCAGUCCCCACAAAACUUUUUAAUGCUGACAGUAUAUGUUUUUUACUUUGGCCAUAAUAUACAAAUAAUUCAAAUUCAAACUGUUUAGCUAAACAUAUUAUUUUGAUUAAUGUUGGUAAUCAAUACAGUUUUGAUAUGGUAUUGAACAGAUUGAUUGAAAUCUUAUGGUAUUUUCAAAUAUUGAUUACUAUGGAUUGAUAUUGAUUAAUAUUAAUUGAUAUUGAUUGGUAUUGAAUUGUUCAGAGAUGUAUGAAUGGGUGACUGUCAGUCAUAUUUAAUAUUUAUUAUGAAUAAUUAUUUGCUUAAAA